AUGCUCCCUUGGAGGGACCCCAGCCACGACGAGGGCAUCUGCCCCAUCUGCCAGGAGCAUCUGAAGGAGGCCACGAGCACCGAGUGUGGACACCUCUUCUGUCGAGGGUGCCUGACCCAGCACGUGCAGAAGGCCUUGGCCUCUGAUGUGCUCUGCUGCCCCUUGUGCCGGAAGCCCUGUCCCGAGUGCAUCCUGGGGAUAGGCUUGGUCUGCGUCAGCCACCAGAAGAGGGCGAGCAGUUUCUGUGAGGAGAGCAGAUGUCUUCUGUGUCCGCAGUGCCUGGAGUCCCCUGAACACAAGUCUCAUUCGGAGCUCACCAUUGAAAAUGCUAUCAGCCACUACAAGGAACGACUCAGCCGCCGCAGCCGGAAGCUCAGAAAGGACAUUGCAGAACUUCAGGGGCUCAAGGCUCAAGAGGAGGAGAAGCUGCAGGCUCUGCAGCAGCAGCUGGACCAGCUGGAGGACACGCCAGCAGAGGUGGCCAGAAUCCUCAACCUCUCCAGAGCAAUCGUGCAGCUCAGCAGCCUGGUCACUGACUUGGAGAGGACUGUCAAGGAGUUAGAUGCCAACACGCUGAAGAAUGCCAUUGACUUGUUGGACAGGAGUGCUCCACAGAAAUUAGAGGCUAUUCAUCCCAUGCUGGAGAAAAGGGUCAGCAAAUCAUCCCUGGAGCCAUUCUCAGAGUUCUGA